AUGACCACUCACGUCACGCUGGAAGAUGCCUUGUCCAAUGUGGACCUGCUGGAGGAGCUACCGCUGCCAGACCAGCAGCCAUGCAUCGAGCCACCUCCCUCUUCCAUCAUGUACCAGGCUAAUUUCGACACAAACUUCGAAGACAGAAAUGCCUUUGUGACCGGCAUCGCCAGGUACAUCGAACAGGCUACAGUGCACUCUAGCAUGAAUGAAAUGCUGGAGGAAGGACAUGAAUACGCAGUGAUGCUUUACACUUGGAGGAGCUGCUCUCGGGCCAUACCCCAGGUGAAAUGUAACGAACAGCCGAACCGGGUGGAAAUUUAUGAGAAGACUGUGGAAGUUCUGGAGCCGGAGGUCACCAAGCUGAUGAAGUUCAUGUAUUUCCAGCGCAAGGCUAUCGAGCGGUUCUGCAACGAGGUGAAGCGCUUGUGCCAUGCUGAGAGAAGGAAGGAUUUUGUCUCCGAGGCCUAUCUCCUGACGCUGGGGAAAUUCAUUAACAUGUUCGCCGUGCUGGAUGAGCUGAAGAACAUGAAGUGCAGCGUCAAAAAUGACCACUCUGCCUACAAAAGAGCUGCCCAGUUUUUGAGGAAGAUGGCUGACCCGCAGUCUAUUCAGGAAUCCCAGAACCUCUCCAUGUUCCUGGCGAACCACAACCGGAUCACACAGUGUCUGCAUCAGCAGCUGGAAGUUAUCCCUGGCUACGAGGAGCUACUGGCGGAUAUUGUCAACAUCUGUGUGGACUACUAUGAAAACAAGAUGUACUUGACGCCCAGCGAGAAGCACAUGCUCUUAAAGGUGAUGGGCUUUGGUCUGUAUCUGAUGGAUGGGAAUGUCAGCAACAUUUACAAACUGGACACCAAGAAGAGAAUCAAUCUUAGCAAAAUAGACAAGUUCUUCAAGCAGCUGCAGGUGGUUCCUUUAUUCGGCGAUAUGCAGAUAGAACUGGCCAGAUACAUUAAGACCAGUGCUCACUAUGAGGAGAACAAAUCCAAGUGGACGUGCACUCAGAGCAGCAUCAGUCCCCAGUACAACAUCUGUGAGCAGAUGGUCCAGAUCCGAGACGACCACAUCCGCUUCAUCUCGGAGCUCGCUCGCUACAGCAACAGUGAGGUGGUCACCGGCUCGGGGCUGGACAGCCAGAAGUCAGAUGAGGAAUACAGGGAGCUCUUUGACUUGGCUUUACGGGGGCUGCAGCUGCUCUCCAAGUGGAGCGCCCAUGUCAUGGAAGUGUAUUCUUGGAAGCUGGUACAUCCCACCGAUAAGUUCUGUAACAAAGAUUGCCCAGGCACCGCUGAGGAGUACGAGAGAGCCACCCGGUACAACUACACCAGCGAGGAGAAAUUUGCCUUUGUGGAGGUAAUUGCCAUGAUCAAGGGUCUACAAGUGCUGAUGGGCCGGAUGGAGAGUGUCUUUAACCAGGCUAUCAGAAACACUAUCUAUGCAGCCCUGCAAGACUUUGCCCAGGUGACUCUCCGGGAGCCCUUGAGACAAGCAGUCAGGAAGAAGAAGAACGUCCUGAUCAGUGUCCUUCAGGCAAUCCGGAAGACGAUCUGUGACUGGGAGGGAGGUCGGGAGCCCCCUAAUGACCCCUGCCUGAGAGGCGAGAAGGACCCCAAAGGUGGAUUCGAUAUUAAGGUCCCUCGACGAGCAGUGGGCCCAUCGAGCACACAGCUUUACAUGGUGCGGACCAUGCUGGAGUCGCUCAUCGCAGACAAGAGCGGCUCGAAGAAGACUCUGAGGAGCAGCUUGGAUGGGCCGAUAGUCCUGGCCAUUGAGGAGUUCCACAAGCAGUCCUUCUUCUUCACUCACCUUCUCAACAUCAGCGAAGCCCUGCAGCAGUGCUGCGAUCUCUCCCAGCUCUGGUUCCGAGAAUUCUUUCUGGAGCUGACCAUGGGCCGUCGGAUCCAGUUCCCCAUCGAGAUGUCCAUGCCCUGGAUUCUCACGGACCACAUCCUGGAAACCAAGGAACCCUCCAUGAUGGAGUACGUGCUGUAUCCCUUGGACCUAUACAACGACAGCGCAUAUUAUGCCUUAACCAAGUUUAAAAAGCAGUUCCUAUACGAUGAAAUUGAAGCUGAAGUGAACUUGUGUUUUGACCAGUUUGUGUACAAGUUGGCAGAUCAGAUCUUUGCCUAUUAUAAAGCAAUGGCUGGCAGUGUCUUACUGGAUAAACGUUUCCGGGCUGAAUGUAAGAAUUAUGGCGUGAUUAUCCCUUACCCGCCGUCCAAUCGCUACGAGACGUUACUCAAACAGAGACACGUCCAGCUGCUGGGUAGAUCAAUUGACCUGAACAGGCUCAUAACUCAGCGUAUUUCAGCUGCGAUGUACAAAUCGCUAGACCAGGCCAUUAGCCGCUUUGAGAGUGAAGACCUGACCUCCAUUGUGGAGCUGGAGUGGCUCUUGGAGAUAAAUCGUCUGACACACCGGCUGCUGUGUAAGCACAUGACUUUGGACAGUUUUGAUGCCAUGUUCCGAGAGGCCAAUCACAACGUCUCUGCGCCUUAUGGACGCAUCACCCUGCACGUCUUCUGGGAGCUAAACUUUGACUUUCUACCCAACUACUGCUACAAUGGCUCCACCAACCGGUUUGUACGGACAGCGAUUCCAUUCACCCAGGAACCACAGAGAGACAAGCCAGCCAACGUCCAGCCGUAUUACCUCUACGGAUCAAAGCCACUGAACAUUGCCUACAGUCACAUCUACAGCUCCUACCGCAACUUCGUGGGGCCUCCUCAUUUCAAGACAAUCUGCCGGCUCCUAGGCUAUCAAGGGAUCGCAGUGGUGAUGGAGGAGCUGCUGAAGAUCGUCAAAAGCCUGUUACAGGGCACCAUUCUGCAGUAUGUGAAAACAUUGAUAGAGGUGAUGCCCAAGAUAUGCCGCUUGCCAAGACAUGAAUAUGGAUCUCCAGGAAUCUUGGAGUUUUUCCAUCACCAGCUGAAGGACAUCAUUGAGUAUGCGGAGCUGAAGACUGAUGUAUUCCAGAGCCUUAGAGAAGUGGGCAACGCUAUUCUGUUCUGCCUCCUCAUAGAGCAGGCCCUGCAAAUAGCCAUUGCUCGGGAGGGUGACUUGCUGACCAAGGAGCGGCUGUGCUGCGGGCUCUCCAUGUUCGAGGUGAUCCUGACGCGCAUUCGCAGCUACCUGCAGGACCCAAUCUGGCGUGGGCCUCCCCCUACCAACGGGGUCAUGCACGUGGAUGAGUGUGUCGAGUUCCACCGGCUCUGGAGUGCCAUGCAGUUCGUGUACUGCAUCCCCGUGGGGACAAACGAGUUCACUGCAGAGCAGUGCUUUGGAGACGGUUUGAACUGGGCAGGCUGCUCCGUCAUUGUUCUCCUCGGGCAGCAGCGGCGCUUCGACCUCUUUGACUUCUGUUACCAUCUGCUGAAGGUGCAGAGGCAGGAUGGGAAGGAUGAAAUCAUCAAGAACGUGCCCCUGAAGAAGAUGGCUGACCGCAUCAGGAAGUAUCAGAUUCUGAACAACGAGAUUUUCGCCAUCCUGAACAAGUACAUGAAGUCGGUGGAAACAGACAGCUCCACGGUUGAGCACGUGCGCUGCUUCCAGCCCCCCAUCCACCAGUCCCUGGCUACCACUUGCUAAGCAGCAAGUGCUAGUGUGGAUAUUAAACCCCUUUGGGAUUAGGGAGGAAGAGUGACUGGAUCAGAACAAGAACUGGGAAGGGGAAACUUGACAAUGUGGCUCUGGCAACAAGAGAGAUUGGGUACACCCGAUACACACAUCUUCCUAUCUGGCCCUGUUUGAGUGCAUGUGCUGUAGCAUCCCUGUGGUUGGCUUUACCUGUAGCUUUGAGACUGGGUGUGGGAGGGGGGCAGGAUGUGCUUUUCUUCCAUGCAGUGGGUUGGGUUUUUUGGUUUUGUUUUUCUGUGAUACGUCCAGUCGAACCCAAAACUCUGAAGCCAUAUUAGAGUCCCAGGUGUCGGGUUCCAGUCACGAGCUGCUCGUUUCAGAGGGCCAGAAGCCAUCUCCCACUGCCGGUGCGGCCAGGCAAGUGGAACUUCCCCUGUGAUGCAUGACAGCAGCAGGAGGGUUUGAAGCUGUCCCGCAUUUGGUGAGGCACAAUAGCAGCACUUCUCACUUGGCAGCCCACAGAGGAAGAAGUCGCCUGACCAGAGAAAGGAAACCAAGUUGAUUCAGAGUUUGAGUCUAGCAUCACUGCCUACCUGGGGUUGGAGAUUUCCCCACUCUUUUCACCAUGUCUGCAUUGCAGAGAGGUGGGAGACAAGAUACCAUCCUGGUGGUUUCCCACUCCAUGCCAUAUCCCCACUGCUAAUUCAAAAGAGGUGCCCCCUGAAGCUAUAUCCACCAGGGAGUAAACAAUGAAAUCUCCUAAUGAAUGCUGUGUGCUGCAUUUACCUGAAAAUCCCACUCGCUAUAUUCCUGGGGUGGGAGGAGGAAUCCGUGAUCCUGGCAGCCCGGCUUACCUCCAGAAUGUACAUGUACUUUGUUUUUUAGCCAAGGAUCAAAUGUCCACAUUCGACAAUGAGCAGGAAGCUACAAUUUGUGUCCAUUCUUGAGUGACGGUUUUCUUUGUUUCAAAUGAGUUCCUCCAGUACAUAUGCCUACAGGGCAUGGAGAGUUCCAGUCGGGGUGAACGGAAACCCUAUUACACAGAAACAGCAGGAACCUUUAGAGCAGAGGAAAUGAAAUAAGCAUCAGAAAGGAGAUGAAUAUAGUACUCAGAGGGUUCUACAAAGGAAAUACAGGAUUCUGUUUCCUUCUGACUCUUAAACAUUGUCCAAGAUCCUGUGAGAUUAAAAGAACCUAGCUGAAACAUCAAGGAAAAUUUCAGAACUCAUUGUCUUCCCUUCUUCCCCACAUCAACUUCUUUGAAGUGAGAUGAAGGGUCUUGUUUGAUGUGGCAAACGCUAAGGGGCCAGAUCCGGAUCUCAUCUAUACAGGGGUAAACCUGGAGUAACCCCAUGGACUUCAGUGAAGUCACUCCAGAUUUACACAGAUAUAGAUGAGAUCAGAACCUGCCCUCUCCUCACCUCUCCUAAUCCACCCUGGCCUCACCCCGAGAAAGUUUUAAUUUCUUGAUUUUAUUUAGGUUAAAUCAGACCUUUGCCAUUAUGUAAUACAGCCAUGUUAAUGCACUGUAUGUCAACAUAACCCAGACACUCUGUUCAGCUUAUUUAGGACAAUGCAGUGCUCUCACAAAUGCUGGGAAGCCAGAGACAGUGGGCAAUUACUCUGUCUGAGGGAACAGAAAGUAGAUCAGUUGAAGAGGUGUCCCGACUGGACCAUUCUGUCUUUGAGACCAGCAGCAAGCUCAAUAUUGUUGGCUAGAGGUGAAUUUCUGAUGAGAGAUGCCUUUGUUCUCCCAGAGACCUACCUCUGUUUCCCUGGUAACCAGUGACUAUCCUCCUCAAGCGCUGCUGGGCAUAUUUGCCACCUUGAGUUUCCUUUGGUUGCUGAGGCAGCUGUUUAAGCUACAAAAAGAAAUCUCUGGUGCAUUUUAAUCUGAAACUAACGUGAAGGCUGAGGGGAAGAUCAUCUCAAAUCAUUGACUAAGGCAGGGAAAGACUUGAGACUGAGAGGGGGGAUUCUUUUCCAUCCCAUCUGGAGGAAGAACAGAAUGUUCAAGGACACAAACAUUGAAAAGUUCUGCUUUAUAUAUGAUGUAUGCUCCUCUGCUAAGGAUGAGAGGCCUGGUUCCUGCUCUGUUACACCACUUUUAGCCUGAUGUUACUAUACUGAAGUCAGUGGACCUACAUAAGUGUAAAAAAACUGGGUUAGCAGAGUGGGGGCAUCAGGUAUGUUAUUUUUGUGUGUGUGUGAAAUGAGAUGACAGAAAAGAUCCUAAAUGGUAUUUUUUAUUGGGCUAAAGGGGUUCUCAAACUUCAUUGCACCAUGACACCCUUCUGACAACAAAGUUACUACAUGAC